AUGACAGUGAGAAAACCAAGUGGCCGAAAACAACGUCGUGCACUGGGAGAUCAUCUAGGACCUAUAAUAACGGAUCCAAAUGAACACAAAAUACUAGGAAUUACUGUUCAUAAGACAGAUCGCCUUCAAACAGAUUUACGGUUACGCCAUCCAAUUGUGCGUGUUAGCGCAGUCGAUUUAGACACAACGAAUUUCGUGCGAAAAACAGAUCCAGAACGUAAAGUGCUUAGUUAUCAUAUCAUCGAUGAACCACUUAGUGAUUAUAUAAUGCCCAUUAACUCGCAGCGUUACGAUUUUAAUGAAAACCGUUCGACGAUUCCAAGUUGGGAUGAGUUAUUGAUUUUUAACGAAGAAUACAGCCAUUUCAUAAAAGCGGAUCGACCAAAAGUUAUGCUGUUUUUUGAAAUUCUGGAAUUUGUAACGGGCCCAGCGAGUUUAGAUGCAACAGGCACGACCUACUUUCCAAUUGCAUGGGCAUUCUUAAAGAUUGUGGGUACUGGAAACGCAUUGAACACAGAGCAUACAUUACGUUUACAAUUAUGGGAACCAAGUUUCAUCCACAGCACAAAUCCACAUACGCCAGAUGUUUAUAUGGCUUAUAGCCAGACACACCGUCGAAAAUAUCCAUCUACAUUAUAUGUCACUGUGAAAUCAAUUGUACCACCGAAAUAUUUUCGACCAAAACUUCGUUCUGCUAUUGCUGGUGAUAUUGAAGAUAUUAGAGAAGAAUAUAUGACUUUGAGAAAUGAUAUUGAAGGACAGCUUAACACAAACUUCCAAAAUCCAUCUGAAAACGCUCAACCAGUUGACAUUAGUGUUGGUGGUCCAUUACAAAGAGUUGCUCAGUUACCGCAACGAUGGCAAAAACUACCAAAUUCAAAAUGUAAAAUACCGCUAGAAUCUUUGCUAUCAUUAAAAGGCAGUGAACGCGGUUGCUCAACUAUACGUUUUUCUCAUAAUGGAUAUUUUAUUGCUUGUGCUGAAGUAUCAAAACCUCAAGAUAAUAAUUUUAUAACAAUUUAUGAGUUGCCUCGUGGCCAGCGUGUGACAAUAUUUUCUGGUCAUCUACAACUGAUCUAUCAUAUUGAUUGGUCUCGUUCAGAUCGAUGGUUAGCAUCCGCGUCAGCCGACUCGUCUGUAAAAAUAUGGAAUUUUGAAAAUAUUCAACGCAAACCGUGGCGAACUCUCUCACAUCCAAAUUAUGUCUAUUGUGUACAGUUUCAUCCAUAUAUCGAAGAAGUUGUUGUUACAGCUGGUUAUGAUAAAUUAAUUCGAAUAUGGGAUAUACAAAAAAAACAUGGAACGAAUAUUCCAUUGAACUGUGUCAGUUAUUCACCAGAUAGUAAUUAUCUAUUAGUCAAUGCAAGAGACAAUCAUGUGAUGUUAAUAGAUGUUCAGUGGAAAUCAAUAUCACGUCGAUAUUCUGGUAUAUACAAUAUGCAAGAUCGAAUUAAUUCAUGUUUUUCGACGUGUGGCACACUAGUAUUUUGUGGUUCCGAGGACGGAAGUGUCCAGUGUUGGCAUACAUAUAACGGUAAUCUAUUACAUACAUAUAAAAAUUUGAAAUAUACCAAUUCUGUUACUGAUGUCACAUUUCAUCCGUUGGAUAAUAUCAUCGCAUUCUGUAGUAUUGGUCCAUUACAUCAAAUUUAUAUUUUUCAACAUACAUUUUCUGAAGCGGAUAUCGAAGCCAAACCCGUUCCUGAAGUAACAGCACUAUCGACACAUCGUACAACUGGGAUGCAAAACAGUUUUCGACUCGCUCAAACUGAUGAAAGCAACAGAGGAAGGCAAAUACUGAUGUCUGAUAAUGAACAUCCGCAAUUUCCAACGAGUAGUCAACGAAGUCGUAGUACAAGUCGUCAUGAUGAUACUCGUUAUAUGUCUGACACGCAUUCAGGCACAGAGAGAAGUUCAACUACCGAUCAACAAGGAAAAAGAAAUGAUAAAAGUCGACGUUUAGCUGUUGUAAAUAAGAUUCUUGAUCAAAUGGAUCAAGUUAUUAUUUCAAGGCCAAAUUCUUCGCGAAACACGUUAAAUGUUAGUAGACCUCCGUCGUUUGUGCCGAAUGUAGUAAUAAACGAUAGUUACGCAAGGGAUCAAUCAGCUUACAAUAAAGAUAAUCGUGUAUUUUCGUCUGGCUACUAUUCCGAUAUUGGUUCUGGACGUCCUCCACCACCUGUUAUUAGUCCUUUGCAAGGUUUGAUCUCACCUGAUCCUGUUCGUCCAGCUUCUGCUACUAGUUCAACUUUAAAUGGUAGUCCAUAUCAUGAAAAUGGCUUAGUUGUCUAUGCCACAACAGAUUAUAAAGCUCGACGACCAGAAGAAUUAUCAUUUUCUAAAAAUGAUAAAAUACAAAUAAUUAAUAAAGAAACACCAUUGUAUUGGUAUGGUGAACUAAUUCAUAGCGGUCAUCGUGGCUAUGUAUCGUCGAAUCGUGUACUCAGUGCACGAGAAACAUAUACAGAGAGAAAAUCUUAUGACGACAGUGAUGAUACAUCAAAAUAUCGUCGUCAACCAGAAAUACAUACCAUUAGUGAAGUGCCUCGCCUCGAAACUAAACGAUCCUAUCGUUCACAAAAACAAAGUGUAAAAUUUGACAAUUCUGCAUAA